GUGCGCGUCGGCAUCCCGGACCUGCAGCAGACGAAGUGCCUGCGCCUGGACCCGGCCGCCCCCGUGUGGGCCGCCAAGCAACGCGUGCUCUGCGCCCUCAACCACAGCCUCCAGGACGCGCUCAACUACGGGCUCUUCCAGCCGCCCUCCCGGGGCCGCGCAGGCAAGUUCCUGGACGAGGAGCGGCUCUUGCAGGAGUACCCGCCCAACCUGGACACGCCCCUGCCCUACCUGGAGUUUCGAUACAAGAGGCGAGUUUAUGCCCAGAACCUCAUCGAUGAUAAGCAGUUUGCAAAGCUUCACACAAAGGCAAACCUGAAGAAGUUCAUGGACUACGUCCAGCUGCACAGCACGGACAAGGUAGCCCGCUUACUGGACAAGGGGCUGGACCCCAAUUUCCACGAUCCUGACUCAGGAGAGUGUCCUCUGAGCCUUGCAGCCCAGCUGGACAACGCCACGGACCUGCUGAAGGUGUUGAGGAAUGGUGGUGCUCACUUGGAUUUCCGCACCCGCGAUGGGCUCACUGCCGUGCACUGUGCCACACGCCAGCGGAAUGCCGCGGCUCUGACGACUCUGCUGGACCUGGGCGCUUCACCUGACUACAAGGACAGCCGCGGCCUGACGCCCUUGUACCACAGUGCCCUGGGGGGCGGGGAUGCCCUCUGCUGCGAGCUGCUCCUUCACGACCAUGCUCAGCUGGGGACCACUGAUGAGAAUGGCUGGCAGGAGAUCCAUCAGGCCUGCCGCUUUGGGCACGUGCAGCACCUGGAACACCUGCUGUUCUAUGGAGCUGACAUGGGGGCUCAGAAUGCCUCAGGAAACACAGCGCUGCACAUCUGUGCCCUCUAUAACCAGGAAAGCUGUGCUCGAGUCCUACUUUUCCGUGGAGCUAACAAGGAUGUCCGCAAUUACAAUAGCCAGACAGCCUUCCAGGUGGCCAUCAUCGCAGGGAACUUUGAGCUCGCAGAGGUCAUCAAGACCCACAAAGACUCGGAUGUUGUACCAUUCAGGGAAACCCCCAGUUAUGCAAAGCGGCGGCGGUUGGCUGGCCCCAGUGGCCUGGCCUCCCCUCGGCCCCUGCAGCGCUCAGCCAGUGACAUCAACCUGAAGGGUGAGGUGCAGCCGGCAGCUUCUCCUGGACCUUCUCUGCGAAGCCUCCCCCAUCAGCUGCUGCUCCAGCGGCUGCAGGAGGAGAAAGACCGGGAUCGGGAUGGUGACCAAGAGAAUGACAUCGGUGGCCCCACAGCAGGCAGGGGCAGCCAGAGCAAGAUCAGGUAUGAUGGGCUGAGGCUUGGGGUGGGGGGCUUGCAGGCCCCCCAGAUGGGCCUCCCGGAUGGGAAGCGGAAGAAGGAAAUCAGCAAGGCCACGGCCAUGGGCGGAGUAGCAGGUGGACAGCCGGCUAGCCCUGCAACAGCUGUGAGGGACUUAGAGAUCAAGAGUACAGAUGGGGGCAGGAAUCUGUGGGAUGCAGUGACAUCAGCCCCACACCUGGACCUCCUGUGCACUCAGAGGCAGGCUCUGGAGGAAGGGACCUGGGAGACUGAGCAUCGACCAGCAUGGUUGAGGGGCAGUUCAGGUCGGUUGGAGGAUGUGGCCCUCCAUCAGCUCCUGAAACUCCCCUCAGAAACCCGGGAAGACCGGACGAAGCGCCUUUUCCGUCACUACACAGUGGGCUCCUAUGACAGUCUCACUUCACACAGCGAUUACGUCAUUGACGACAAGGUGGCUGUCCUACAGAAACGGGACCAUGAGGGCUUUGGUUUUGUGCUCCGGGGGGCCAAAGCAGAGACCCCCAUCGAGGAGUUUACACCCACGCCGGCCUUCCCUGCGCUCCAGUAUCUUGAGUCGGUGGAUGUGGAGGGUGUGGCCUGGAGGGCCGGGCUGCGCACAGGAGACUUCCUCAUCGAGGUGAACGGGGUGAACGUGGUGAAGGUCGGGCACAAGCAGGUGGUGGCUCUGAUCCGCCAGGGCGGGAACCGCCUCGUCAUGAAGGUUGUGUCUGUGACGAGGAAGCCAGAAGAAGACGGGGCUCGGCGCAGAGCCCCGCCGCCCCCCAAGAGGGCUCCCAGCACCACGCUGACCCUGCGCUCCAAGUCCAUGACGGCUGAACUUGAGGAACUUGCCUCCAUUCGGAGAAGGAAAGGGGAGAAGCUGGAUGAGAUCCUGGCAGCCGCCACGGAGCCCACGCUGAGGCCAGACAUCGCGGACGCUGACUCCAGAGCUGCCACUGUCAAACAGCGGCCCACGAGUCGGAGGAUCACACCUGCUGAGAUCAGUUCUUUAUUUGAGCGCCAGGGCCUUCCAGGCCCAGAGAAGCUGCCCGGCUCCCUGCGGAAGGGGAUUCCACGGACCAAGUCUGUAGGGGAGGAUGAAAAGCUGGCGUCCCUGCUGGAAGGGCGCUUUCCGCGCAGCACGUCCAUGCAAGAUACGGUGCGUGAGGGCCGUGGCAUCCCGCCCCCGCCGCAGACCGCACCGCCGCCCCCACCCGCUCCCUACUACUUCGACUCCGGGCCGCCCCCCGCCUUCUCACCGCCACCCCCUCCAGGCCGCGCCUACGACACAGUGCGCUCCAGCUUCAAGCCCGGCCUGGAGGCGCGCCUGGGCGCUGGGGCCGCGGGCCUGUACGAUGCCGGCGCGCCCCUGGGUCCGCUGCCCUACCCGGAGCGGCAGAAGCGUGCGCGCUCCAUGAUCAUCCUUCAGGACUCGGCGCCGGAGGCGGGCGACACCCCCCGGCCUCCUCCGGCGGCCACCCCACCGGAGCGUCCAAAGCGGCGGCCGAGGCCGCCGGGCCCCGACAGUCCCUACGCCAACCUGGGCGCUUUCAGCGCCAGCAUCUUCGCGCCGUCCAAGCCUCAGCGCCGCAAGAGCCCGCUGGUGAAGCAGCUGCAGGUGGAAGACGCUCAGGAGCGUGCAGCCCUGGCAGUGGGCAGCCCUGGCCCGGGUGGCGGCAGCUUCGCCCGGGAGCCCUCCCCGACUCACCGUGGGCCUCGGCCAAGCGGCCUUGACUACGGCCCCGGGGAAAGCCCCGGCCUCGCAUUCGGGGGCCCAGGCCCGGGCAAGGACCGGCGGCUGGAGGAGCGGCGACGCUCAACCGUGUUCCUGUCGGUGGGAGCCAUCGAGGGCAGCACACCUAGCACAGACCUGCCCUCCCUGCAGCCCUCCCGCUCCAUCGAUGAGCGCCUGCUGGGGGCUGGCGCCGCCACCACCACCACCGGCCGAGACCUGCUCCUGCCCUCCCCCGUCUCUGCUCUGAAGCCAUUGGUCAGCGGCCCGAGCCUUGGGCCUUCAGGCUCCACCUUCAUCCACCCACUCACCGGCAAACCCCUGGACCCCAGCUCGCCCCUGGCCCUCGCCCUGGCAGCUCGAGAACGUGCUCUGGCCUCCCAGGCGCCCUCCCGGUCCCCCACGCCCGUGCACAGCCCUGACGCUGACCGCCCUGGGCCUCUGUUCGUGGAUGUACAGGCCCGCGACUCUGAGCGAGGGGCACUGGCCUCCCCAGCCUUCUCCCCAAGAAGCCCCGCCUGGGUUCCUGUGCCUGCUCGGAGGGAGCCGGAGAAAGCACCCCGGGAGGAGCGCAAGUCGCCAGAGGACAAGAAGUCCAUGAUCCUCAGCGUCCUGGACACAUCCCUGCAGCGGCCGGCCGGCCUCAUCGUCGUGCACGCCACCAGCAAUGGGCAGGAGCCCAGCGGGCUGGGGGCUGAAGAGGAGCGCCCGGGCACCCCGGAGCUGGCCCCAGCCCCCGCACAGUCAGCAGUGGUGGCAGAGCCCCUGGCGAGCCCCCGGGCUCAGCCCCCUGGCAGCACGGCUCCGACAGACCCCGGGCCGGGCCAGGGCAGCUCCGAGGAGGAGCCAGAGCUGGUGUUCGCUGUGAACUUGCCGCCCGCCCAGCUGUCCUCCAGUGAUGAGGAGACCAGGGAGGAGCUAGCCCGCAUUGGGCUGGUGCCGCCUCCCGAAGAGUUUGCCAACGGGGUCCUGCUGGCCACCCCACUUCCUGGCCCAGGUCCCUCACCCACCGUGGUGCCAGGCCCGGCCUCAGGGAAGCCGAGCAGCGAGCCGCCUCCUGCCCCUGAAUCUGCAGCUGACUCAGGGGUGGAGGAGGCUGACACACGCAGCUCCAGCGACCCCCACCUGGAGACCACAAGCACUAUCUCCACGGUGUCCAGCAUGUCCACCCUGAGCUCGGAGAGUGGGGAGCUCACUGACACCCACACCUCCUUCGCCGAUGGACACACUUUUCUACUCGAGAAGCCACCAGUGCCUCCCAAGCCCAAGCUCAAGUCCCCGCUGGGGAAGGGGCCGGUGACCUUCAGGGACCCGCUGCUGAAGCAGUCCUCGGACAGUGAGCUCAUGGCCCAGCAGCAUGCCGCCUCUGCCGGGCUGGCCUCCGCUGCCGGACCUGCUCGCCCUCGCUACCUCUUCCAGAGAAGGUCCAAGCUGUGGGGGGACCCCGUGGAGAGCCGGGGACUCCCAGGGCCUGAAGAUGACAAACCAACUGUGAUCAGUGAGCUCAGCUCUCGCCUGCAGCAGCUCAACAAAGACACACGCUCCUUGGGGGAAGAGCCGGUUGGUGGCCUGGGCGGCCUGCUGGACCCUGCCAAGAAGUCGCCCAUCGCGGCAGCUCGGCUCUUCAGCAGCCUCGGUGAGCUGAGCUCCAUCUCAGCGCAGCGCAGCCCUGGGGGCCCGGGCGGCGGGGCCUCCUACCCGGUGCGGCCCGGCGGCCGCUACCCCGUGGCGCGGCGCGCCCCGAGCCCAGUGAAGCCCGCGUCGCUGGAGCGGGUGGAGGGGCUGGGGGCGGGCGCGGGGGGCGCGGGGCGGCCCUUCGGCCUCACGCCUCCCACCAUCCUCAAGUCGUCCAGCCUCUCCAUCCCGCACGAGCCGAAGGAGGUGCGCUUUGUGGUGCGCAGCGUGAGCGCACGCAGCCGCUCGCCCUCGCCGUCGCCGCUGCCCUCGCCAGCGCCUGGCCCCGGCCCCGGGGCCCCCGGCCCGCGCCGGCCCUUCCAACAAAAGCCGCUGCAGCUGUGGAGCAAGUUCGACGUGGGCGACUGGCUGGAGAGCAUCCACUUGGGCGAGCACCGCGACCGCUUCGAGGACCACGAAAUCGAGGGCGCGCACCUGCCGGCGCUCACCAAGGACGACUUCGUGGAGCUGGGCGUCACGCGCGUGGGCCACCGCAUGAACAUUGAGCGCGCGCUCAGGCAGCUGGACGGCAGCUGACGCCCCCUCCCCACGUCCCAGCCGCGCCCUGCCGGCAGGGCCCCCCCCACCCCCACCCCCGGGCCGCGGGCUCGGCCUGCCCCCCACAAAGGCGCCCGGGCCAGGAAUGUUGCAUGAAUCGUCCUGUUUGCUGUUGCUCGGAGACUUGCCCUGUACAUUGCUUAGUGCCCUCCCCGGCCGGCGAGUCCCACCCAGCACACGGUCAGGAAGGGCGAGGGCCAGGGAGGCUGGAGCGGGAGAGGGUUGGGGGUGGGGUGCUCCGGCCUGACCAUCUCCCGCACAGCUCCUGGUGGCUACUCUCCCAGAGGGGGGGACCUAGUCCAGCAUGCGAGGUCAGGACACACCUUGGUGACUCGGGGGGAGGGGGGAGACUUGGGGUUCUCGGUUGGGGGCCUAGGAGCCCCCCCCCUGUUUUGCAUAUUUUAAUCCACUCUAUAUUUGGAACGAGAAAAGGAACAAAUAUCUCUGUCCUUAAUAGCUUCCCUUCCCCUCCCUUACAGUGCCCCCCCCCCCCCCCGCCCCACCACCACUGGUUCCGCUGCUGCUGCCCAGUCUUCCAUCUCUGGCCCCUCACUGCCACUGCCACCCCACAUGGGGCGGGGGACGCUCCAGCUGGUCUGGGGUUGGCCAGGGUCCUAGUAGCCCGCCCUGGGGCCCCAGCUCGGCCCUCUCCCCUCGCUGAGCUAUAGUGUGCCCCACCGACCCUUCAGGUGCUGUGUGGAGGAGGGGCGGCAGGCAGCGAGUCCUGCUGGGCACUAGCCAGGUCAGGUGGCCUGGGAGACCAUUGCCCUGGGGAGGGGCAGGGCCCUGGCAUCCGCCCCAGCCAAGUCCCUCACAGGGUCCCUUCCCAGGAGGGGUCUAGCCUCCUCCCCACACUGUUGGGCAACCACAGCAGAGAAGCCUCCCUGCCUCAGACCCCAAAGUCUCCUGUUCCUGCCCUGUGUGUGUGUGUGUGUGUGUGUGUGCGCGCGCACGCACGUGCGAGUGUGUGAAACUCUGGGUGCGGCUGAGUGCGUCGGAGCCCUGUGUGUGCCUGACUGGAGUGUGGUCCCAACGGGCAACUCUGGACUAGUGUGGGGGCUUCAGCAGUGUGCACAGGGUGCAUAUAUGGGUGUGUCCCUGUGAAAGCACCCAAUUUCCACUUCCAAAGAAAGUCAGAGGCACCCUAGGACCUGCUGUUUGCCCAGCCCGUCCUUCCAGAGCCUCGUCUAGCCUGAGCGGGCCUCCUUGGUGAGGAUCUGCUGCUUGGACAGGCUCCCAAGAGCCCUUGGAGGCAGUGCCCCGCCCCCCACUGGGCUUCUGGGGGGGGGGGAUCAUAGAGGACCCCUAGAGUCAGGCCACCGCAAGCCCUGGGGAGAGGCAAAGACCCCAGAGGGCACCCCAGCCCCCCUUACUGUGACUCCUCACACUCAGCAAUGACCUGUGGGGUGGGGGGCCCUGGGACGUUUUUAAACCUAGGGUUUGGAGUCUGGACUAAGCUCCAUCCACGUCACUCACAAGUUUCUGUUUAUAUUUCUAGCUUUUUUUAAUAAAAAAAAAAAAAAACAGAAAACUGAAGUUUCACAGCCCAGGGGCCUGGCACGCCGGUCUGUGCCCGCCUGCCCCGCCCUGGCCCACCGGCCCCAUUCCCUGGGCAGAGUCACACCCAGUAACCCUCUCACCGACAGACCAGGUCACACACAGCAGCAGUCACUGUAACAGACUGCCACAUACACCCUCAGUCUCACACUCACCUGUGGGUUUUUGGUUCCGUUCAAUUUGGGUUUUUAACUUUACAGGGUCAGUCCCGCUUCACCCCUCCUUUUGUAUGGAGUUCCAUCCGGGGGAUUUCACCCCUGCUCCAGUCCUGAGGCCUCCUGACCCUGACGUUGUGAUACACCCCACAGAGAUCUAUGUUUCUUAUAUUAUUAUUAUUGAUAAUAAUUAUUAUAAUAUUAUUAUGUAAUAAAUUUAUAAGAAAUGAA